GCAGCCUGCAGCCGUAAGUCAGGCAACUCAGGGAAGUACGCGUUUCCAAAGACCCGCUGUUGACACUCGCUAAUCGCCAAGUUAAUUACCAGGGAAUUCCCUGGAUGGACGGGCCGGAUAUCGGCCUCGUUAAAACGGGCUUCUUAGCCGCUCCUAGGCAACCCAGGAAGCAGUAUCUUCAUGCAGCGCACACAGUAGCACAGCUAAACUAGUUAUUAAUUACGUAUAAAGCACCACACUGCACAAUAUCAUCAUAUCCUUGGAACACACAGCUUACGCGGUUGCAUCACCGCACAUAUGCCAGGUGCCAUUGUUCUGAGGUGUCUAAAGAGCCUUGCAUUGAGCGGAAUGACGUCACUUCAAAUCUUCAUUGACACAGCAAAGUCAAUAUAGGCCACCAAUCUGCUGCGAAGAGUGAUUGGAAAUGGUUUAAACUUUCACCUCCAGAAAAGUUUCUGACCACCUUCCCUCUGCAACUGAUGCUAAGCAUUUUUUUUUUUUUUUUACAUUAUAACAAUGCUUGGAGAUGUUGCGACAUCACGUGGAAAGGGGAGGGCAAACCAGGUAUAAUUACAGAGGCGGGCGACUUCAAAGAAAGACGAGACCACAAGUGACGUUGCCUUACAAAUCUAGGCCACCUGUGGAGAAUAUAAAUACAAUCACAGAUGGCUGAACACAAUCAAGGAGCACACGAGCCUACCAGGUGUUUGACCAAUCGCAGACUCAGCCUUAGAGGAAAGACGCUCGCAGUUCAGACAUGAAGUGGACAGUCCUGGUUGCCGUGACGGUUCUGUGCUGCCUGUGGCGGGAUGCCGGCGCCGGGGUCAUCAAGCAGCACCCCAAAAGCGCCCCGCUGAGGAACCCCCACACGCACCAGCGCGUCCGCGAGCUCGCCCAACACGCCCAGAACCUGGACAAUGACACAGACACCCGCCUGAUGCCACCUGCCAAUCACUCAGACAGUCAAACAAACCUGUACAUCUGCUGCCUGCACGCCAACAUCCUGGAUUUCUACCUGCUGAACAUCCUGACCACCCAGGAGGUGUACCCCCACCUGGCGUCAGUGCGGGCCGAGCUGCACAGGGUCAGCAGGGACCUGGAGAGGAGAGGCUGCUCUAUCAAUCACGUGAAGGACCACGAGCACAGCAAGCGCUUCAAAGAAGAGUUCUUCAAGUUGGGGAAGAAGGGAGAGACCAAAGCGAUUGGAGAGAUCGAUAUUCUCUUCGAUUACCUCUCAAGAUAUUGCUAAUGGUAGUUUUUUUUUAAACACAGUGAUGACAGGGCUUUGUAAAGCCGUACAUUUUUAUUUGUUAAAUGACGAAAGUUUUAUAAUACAACAAAUGUUUUAUGAUUAACAUGCAAAGCAAAAACAAGUCAAAGUACAUUAUAUUUAUCUGUCAAUUUUAUAUGUUCAUUUGUUAUUUAUUACUUAUUUAUUCUUGAUGCUCAUAUUUAUUUGAAUGUGUAUUUAUUUUUUUGUAUUCUCAUUCAAUUAUGUGUUCAGUCAGAAUUAAGGAAACAUGUAUUACAGAUAAUUUAAAUGGUGUUGAAAUGGGAGGGAACAAGUUUGCAUUGUAAAUGAUAGCAAUGCCUUUCAUGGAAGUUUCUGGAAUGUGUAACCACAAUUGUGGUACUUAUUUGGUUGUUGUUUUGUUUUGAAGCAACACUUUAAAACAGUAUGUCUUCAUGAAACUGUAAAUGCAUUGUAAAAGCAUUGUUUCUGACAAACGGGAGUUACAGAUGUCAAUAGUAUUGUUAUACACAGCCAGCUGAGAGAUAUUCUAGUUUAACAGGUAUUGAUGUUAUGACAGAUGACAAUUACAGAACUAUAAAUGCAAGUCUAAAAGGACAAAUGUGUGUAAUCCGCAUCUUCAAAUUCCUCAGCAGUUUGUUCAGGUUCAUUUUUUAAAAUUUUUUAAUAAAGUAUUCUUGA